GCUAGAAAUAGGGGAUGUCAUUACCAGUUCGCUCGGAAUUGCAACCACCUCAAUCAGCUCAUGAGAAUUAUUAUUUGGUGCGAGAUAAAUAAAAUUCUGUUUGCUUUCGAGUUCGACAGACGGAUCUCAGGAGACUACUUCCGUACCGUCCAGCAGCGCGGAACAUAUCUGUAAUCAUCUGGUUGUCAUCCGUGCACUUUCUAUUAUUAUUUUGUUGUUUCAUAUCCCACGCACGAAAGAUUAUCGCAGGAUCGUUCAGGGAUAUCGCGAUUGUCUUUUUUCUUCACAUCUAGUUUUGGGUUUGUCCUGCCCUCUUCAGCUUCUAACAUCUUAUUCAUUAAAUUCCGAAUGCAAAUAGGGUCUUUUAAUUGAAAUUUGCUGCUGAAUUCCUCAAUCAGAAGUUAGCUUACACUGGACACACCGGAUAGGAACGAAGAUGACAGGACGUGUCAUUGAUAUAGGAAUUGUACACAUGGAUUUUGACGCAGACUGUAUGGCCAGUGGUCCUUGUUCGGAAAAGGAGAUUCGUCCUGAAAUGGACGUUUCAGACAUUCACCCGAAUGGCAAUGGAGAGCAUGCAAGCGACAGUGUGAAGAAGAUGAACGGCAGCUUUUUGGAAACUUCUAAGUUGUCCGUGUUGGCUCUUGCCGAUACAACAGUUUUAGCCGAAGAUAUUUCUGACUGUGACCUCGAAGACGACGAAUCGCCUGGUAUCGAAGACGAAGAUGCUGAAAGGUUUCAGGUGCGUGAAGUCCCUGACACCAAAAGAUUGUCUUCGAGUGAUCCCGGGAAACUGAAAUCUGAUGCAAACACCGCGAACCUCGAUGGCGGCGAUCGAGGAACAAUGUCUUGCAUGAAAGAUAAGCAACCGGCCAAAUCGAGCAAGGGCAGACGACUGGGCUUCGCGACGUUGACUGUACGGGAGUAUCCACGAGUCCUGGGGGACAACGUCUGCAUGAUAGGCGCGCCCAUAAGCCUCGCCUGGGAACACGAUCCCGAAAAUGUCCAAAUUUAUGACCUUGUAGAAUACGAUGAGGCAGUUAAGAGCACGAGGCGGACUCAAACAGAACUAAAAAUGCCCAGCAAGCAUCGCGAAAAACUUUUGCGAGAGAUGGGAUAUACUGGAAGAGAAAUACAGGAAGCGGUCAAGAAAUCAAACAUAGCUAGGAACCAUCGAAAACGAACGGUAGAGAUGUUAAAGAUGCAACCUCUUCACGAAGCAUUCGAAAAACUAGGCAGGUUUGGAAAGAAGGUUUCGGGGCGCAAAAAAGAUGACAUCUUGAAUUACAAGAAGUCAAUAUGAAACGCGGAAAGCGCGUAACUAGAUACAUGAAUAGACACCUGCUAAUUGGUACCGUAUUAAAAUAUACCAGUGCAA